AUGGCCGCCAAUAUUGAGGAGGCCGCCGCGCCUCACAGCACCUUUGACACCGUCUUGGUUCUGGAUUUCGGCAGUCAAACAAGCCAUCUUAUUCUGCGACGUCUGAGAUCACUCAAUGUAUACGCCGAGAUGUUGCCAUGCACCACCAAGCUUGCGAACCUCACCUGGACCCCUGUCGGAAUCGUCUUGAGCGGAGGUCCCUCUUCCGUUUAUGAUGAAGGAGCUCCUCACGUCGAUCCGGCCAUCUUUGACUUGGGAGUUCCCAUUCUUGGAAUCUGCUAUGGGUGUCAAGAGCUUGCUUGGCGGAUUAACGACAAAAAUGUCACCCGUGGUGAGGCCCGCGAGUAUGGCGAAACAGAUCUCACCAUUCACAAGGUCGGCGGCUCUAACCAUGUCGACCGCCUCUUCGAGGGCUUGGGGGACUCGAUACACGUCUUCAUGAGUCACUUCGAUAAGCUUGUCCGCUUGCCCGAGGGUUUCGUUAGAAUUGCCAGCACGAAGAAUACGGAAUUCGCCGGCAUUGCCCACCAGACGAAGCCAAUCUUUGGAAUCCAGCUACAUCCCGAGAUAUACCAUACGUACCGCGGUACAGAGAUACUCGACAACUUUUCUACUAAGAUCUGCAAAGCUCGCCAGUCCUGGAAAAUGGAAAAUUUUAUUGAGAAGGAGAUUAUCAGGAUUCGCAAGCUUGUUGGCGACAAGGCCCAAGUUAUUGGGGCGGUUUCCGGAGGUGUUGACAGCACGGUGGCAGCUCGAUUGAUGAAAGAAGCAAUCGGUGAUCGAUUCCACGCCAUCCUCGUGGACACUGGAUUAAUGCGUCUUAACGAAUGCCAGCAGGUCAAGGAGACGCUUCAGCAACAUCUCAGCAUUAACCUAACGAUUGUUGAUGCGGCAGAGCUAUUUCUUAGUCGUCUUGCCGGCGUAGUGGAGCCCGAGGCUAAGCGCAAAAUUAUAGGAGAAACCUUCAUCGAUCUAUUCGAGAAGGAGGCGAUCCGAAUCGAGGAAGAAGCAAAGAAUACCCCCCUUUCUGGCAAAGUGGAAUGGUUUCUGCAAGGCACCCUUUAUCCGGAUUUGAUUGAGUCGUUGAGUUGGAAAGGACCUUCAGCCACCAUCAAGUCGCACCACAACGUCGGCGGCCUCCCGGCUCGUAUGAUGAACGGUCAAGGUCUCAAGUUGAUUGAGCCCUUGAGGGAGCUCUUCAAGGAUGAAGUACGCGAAUUUGGCCGCCAACUUGGUAUUCACCAAGACCUCGUCAUGCGUCACCCAUUCCCAGGACCGGGUAUCGCCAUCAGAGUACUUGGGGAAGUAACCCCCGAACGCGUAGAAAUUGUCAGAAAGGCCGAUCAUAUCUUCAUCUCCAUGAUCAAGGAAGCGGGCAUCUAUGAUCAAAUGUCUCAAGCUUACGCCGCCCUUGACACAAACAGGGUGAUCAAAGCUAAUUUAACUGUACUAGGAAUGAUAAUUCUUCUUCGAGCUGUUACUAGCGCUGAUUUCAUGAGCGCCGAGCCGUUCGAAUUUCCGUUCGAUCUUCUUAAGGCGAUCGUACGGAGAAUCGUGAAUGAGGUUGAUGGAGUCUCUCGGGUGGCAUAUGAUUGCACUAGCAAGCCUCCCGGCACUAUCGAAUUAGAGUGA